UUCGUCAACCUCAUCUCUAGCUCUCUUCUUUCGAUAUCACAUACAAGAGAUACUUCAAUAAAGUCCAAUUCAAACUUCUUAUUAUCUCUGUUUGCCUGAAGCUUUUAAUUUUCCUACACACUCUUUUAUUCAUUUAUAUACAGCGAAGCCGGAAUCUUCCAUCCACUUAUUUACGAAUGCUCAAUGUAUUGGAUCUUAUAAAACCGUGGGGUUACACCACAAGCGAAACGUAGACCGCAUUCACUCUUCGUUCCCGCACAUUUGAACUCGGUUUCUUUCCCCUCUUGUUGCUAUUCACCUGAGAUACAUUCUUCGAACCCUGCAAAAAGAGCAGUGUGGAUGAUAUAGGUUGACAAAAUGGCUGAAGGCGAUAUGGACUUGGGACAACUGUCCACUACUCAGCAGGAGGCUCUUGAUCAAUAUACACAAGUGACCAACCAAGAGAUCAGCGAAGCUAUUCCGCUUCUCCGACGCUCCGAAUGGAAUGUUCAGAUUGCAAUCGCCAAGUUCUUCGACGGCGAAGUUGCAGACCCAGUAGCUGCAGCACAACAAGAAAUACCCCGAGCGACAGCGCGGCACGAAAACCUACAAGAGAGCCUUUUUGAUGAGGCAAUUCGUGCCCCUCGAGCUUCACCACGACAGCGCACCGAUCUAGCUCCAAGAAUCGUGCCUCAGAACCCUGUCACAAAUCGAACACCAUGGUUGCUGGGUCUGCUCCUCACACCCUUUAGCUUAGGCUGGAGAGCUGCCUCGACUCUGUUUCGGACUUUGAUCUAUGCGCUGUCUUUCUUGCCCGCCCCGAUUCGGCCACGGGCUGUUACGAGCAGAAUCUCGACAGGCUUCAGAGGCACCAAUGGUCGCCGACCUCUCAUGCCUCGAGACACCGCCUCGAGAUUCAAGCGAGAGUUCGAAGAGGAGUAUGGAGAGAACGAAUUGCCCUUUUUCGAGGGCGGUGUCGCUCAGGCGCAUGAUCAAGCCAAGAAGGACCUCAAGUUUAUGCUUGUGGUAUUGAUGUCGCCUGAGCACGAUGAUACCGAGUCUUUCGUAAAAGAGACUUUACUAGCACCAGAAGUGGUGAACUUCAUCAAAGAUCCUUCCAACAACAUAAUUCUGUGGGGCGGAAACGUCUUGGAUUCCGAGGCAUAUCAGGUGGCUCAGGAGUAUAUCUGCACCAAGUUUCCCUUCUCGGCACUGGUUUGCCUUACACCAAAGGAGGGCAGUACACGAAUGGGGAUCGUCAAGAGACUAGUUGGACCCAUGCCUCCCUCCACUUACCUAUCAGAGCUUCGAGCAGCUAUCGAAAAGUACGGCGCAGAUCUUGAUGGAGUACGCGCAGAGCGAACAGCCCAGGAAGUAACGAGAAAUCUACGAACUGAGCAAGACUCGGCCUACGAACGGUCGCUAGCUAUUGACCGAGAACGCGCACGCCAGAAGAGAGAAGCAGCGGCGGCCGCAGCAGCAGCAGAGAAGCGCGCGCAAGAAGAAGCAGAGGCAGCAAAGAGACUCGAAGAGAAGCGCGAGCAAUGGAUUGCUUGGAGAGCUACAACUAUUGUGCCUGAGCCACCAACCAGCGAUAAGAGCGUGGUACGAGUCGCACUCAAGAUGCCCGAGGAAUCGGGUAUCGGCCGAAUUGUGCGGCGGUUCCCCCAAGAUGCCUCCCUGGAGGACCUGUAUGCCUUUGUGGAGUGCUACAGUGUUCUCAAAGAGGAGGGUGCAGCGGGUGCUGAGAAGCCGGGGGAGUACGAGCACGAGUACAAGUUCCGAAUCGCCUCCAUUCUCCCCAGAACGGUGUACGAGCCUAGCACAACAGUGACGAUGGGGGAGAAGAUUGGACGGUCAGGAAAUCUGAUUGUGGAGGACAUAUCACCGGAUUCGGAAGAUGAGUCGGACGACGAAGGUGAUGACGAAGACUAGGAGGCGGAGGGUGGUCAGUCAGUAGCUAGCGCCAAGAGGUCAUGGCCAGCGAUCGUCUGUUAUGGAGACUUUUCAUGGCGGUCAAGAGCUGUACUGUUAUAUAAUGAAGAAUAGAUACGACUUUGACUACAAGAGGGUGUCGUGGGAGCAUGUGUUGGAGGCCUGGGUGACAGGAAACGGUGUCGCUUAUCAGAUGCUCGCUUGUAGGCUACACCAGCGCAAAGAAAACUGCCGAGAGGUUUGAGCGUCUGUCGGACUUAUACAACCUGAAGUCCGCAGCAAUUUAACGAAUACAGCGAGAC